AAUUUGCAAAAUCAUGGUGUGGGGAAGAAAAGUAUGAGUGAGAUUUGACGGGUGCAUUGAUAUGGUGGUCGCGUAGUACAAAGGAGUACGUCUGGGGCUAUACCGGGAAAUGUUUCCUUCGAUGGAGACCGGGGUCACCAAAUUUUUGCACUAUACCGUUAUUUCUCAUUCCUACAAUGGUCACUCUUCUCAUUUUUGGGGUCGUACAUCUCCCCGAAAUAGAAGCAGUAACACCACCCCUGGAUGCGGAUCAGUCUUGGGUUGCCUUACCGGGCUGUACUUUGGGAAAGACACUCGCUGUUAUGUCCCCCCCUCCGGGGAAGACCACACAAAAUUGCCACUGUUGGGGUUUUAGUGGCUACAUUUGCGAACCCGUACCAAUCACGCUAUGUCCUUAUGGACCUACAUUUCAAAACAGAGCGACACCUCAAACAUGCACCUGCACUACUCCGACUUCUACCAGCGUUUAUACGUGUGCUUAAAAUUUGUUGUUGAAUUUAAUAAAGUAUUAUAAUGACCG